UCUCGAAAGAAUCAGUCUGUGUAUAACUACGCUAUGCUCUACAAUGCCUUCCGGAUGGCUGGAAAUGUGGAGCGUGCCAACGCAAUGCGUGAAAAGUUGAAAACCUUGGCCAUUGCUGAAGGUGACUCUCUUCACUGGGAACGUAAAGACCGACCAGAGCAGCAGACUCCCUACCUGUUUGCUCCUCGUGCCCCCUCGGCAGAGUUGGAGUUAACAGCUAUUGUCCUUAAGGCUAUGGCACAUGGGGAGAGUAGCUCUACAGUAUCUGCAGAGGACCUGAAUGAAAUGGCCCAGAUUAGCAACUGGCUUGUUCGAGAGCAGAACAUGCAUGGUUCCUACAGUACC